AAUCAAAAGUUUGGUGAAUGAUUGAACAAAGAAUUUUCUUUCCAAUAAUAACCAAAACAAAAAAAAAAAAUCAUUAAUAAAACAUGCAGGAGGAGACAUUUUUAUACUCAUCAAGUCACGUAACUUGUGCAAUUAUUGGUAUACUUAAUUACUCUUUUUAUAGGAAGAGAUCGAGAAGAGAGGCGCCGAAUUUCACAAACAAAUUAAAUUGGCGGCCAUGACGACUGAGCAGAAGGAACCUCUCUUGUCCGAUUUGGCGCAAAAAAGAUGUCUCAUUUCACUUGAUGAUACGAUUGAAGAAUGCAUAGGAGAAUUUGGGUGGUCGCAAUUUGUACAAGCCAUUUUGGUCUCUCUAGCUUGGGUCUUCGAUGCUCAACAAUCAUUCAUCAGUGUCUUCACUGAUGCUAAGCCAACUUGGCAUUGCAGUAUUAAUUCGUCCUGCCAAAUAAAAAAAAGUGUAUGCGACCUUCCAAAGGAUAUGUGGAGAUGGGAUUUGCCUACAUGGACAUCCAUUGUGUCCGAUUGGUCACUGGAAUGUAGCAGCUCAGUCAUCACUGGCCUCCCAGCUUCAUCUUUCUUCAUCGGCUGCCUCUUUGGUGGAUUCCUUCUAUGCACUUUAGCUGAUUCCUCCUUUGGCCGAAAAAACAUGCUAGUUUUGUCAUGCCUUAUAAUGUCUAUUAUAGGUUGCAUUACUGCGCUUUCUACUAAUAUAUGGAUGUACUCUGCCUUGAGGUUCCUCUCUGGAUUCGGCAGGGCAACUAUAGGGACGUGCUCUCUUGUUUUAUCCACCGAACUAGUGGGAAGAAAGUGGCGAGGCCAAGUUGGGAUUAUUAGCUUCGUUUGUUUCACUUUUGGAUUUAUAUCUUUACCAGGGAUAGCUUAUUUAAAUAAAGGAAAUUCGUGGAGAGUUAUGUAUCUCUGGACUUGUGUGCCCGCUGUCCUGUAUACAAUUGUUGUACAUUUCAUUGUUCAUGAAUCACCUAGGUGGCUUUAUUUGCGGGGAGAUAAGGAAGAAUUUGUUAAGACACUGAAAAGCAUAUCAAAACCAGCCACACGGAGCAGGUUGACUUCAAGCUUCUUUGAAACGUUAUUUACGGAUUUGGAAGGUAACAUGUCCAUGUCGUCGUCACAAGAUUUGGAUCUCUACUCGACCAUCAAAUUGUUGAUUGAAAAAGGCUGGGCUUUGCAUCGACUGCUAACAGUAGUGUUGAUUGGUUUUGGGGUUGGGAUGGUGUAUUAUGGCAUGCCGUUAGGGGUUGGAGACUUGGGAUUUGAUAUCUACUUAAGCAUCACGCUUAAUGCAUUAUCGGAGCUUCCAUCGUCCUUGAUAGCAUUUUUCCUUAUAGGUAAAAUGAACAGGAAAGUGUCACUCUUGGGAUUUUCCUUACUAAGUGGAAUAUGUAGCGUGGGCUGCGCAUUGAUAAAAGGAAGUGAGAGAUUAAAGUGGUUUCAAAUGGGGCUGGAAAUGGUAUCCUUUUUUAGUGCUUGUACUUCAUUCAAUUUUCUAUUGAUUUACACGUUGGAACUAUUUCCAACGUGCGUGAGGAACUGUGCUGUGUCAAUGGUAAGGCAGUCACUAGUAGUUGGUGGUGCAUUGAGUCCGCUGCUUGUAGCACUUGGAAGGAACAAUAACUUAUUUUCUUAUGGGAUUUUUGGAGUGUGUAGCACCACAUUUGGUUUGUUUACGGUGUGGUUGCCUGAGACUAAGGGCAGGCUACUUUGUGACACUAUGGACGAAGAGGAACGCCUUCUGGAACGAGCGUCAGUUGUUGACCUCAAAUAGUAUUAACGUGCGUAUGUUGUUAAAUGUUAAUUAUUACUGCAGGCUUUUGGCUCAUUAA